AUGGAGCCGCAACUUAUGGACAAUGACUUGUCUCCCCCCGUUCGCUCCGGAUCGCCUUCACCUUCCGUUCCUGCCACACCAGCGAUCUCAUCGUACUCCUCGCCAGAUCGAACCUUCUCCUCCGUCUCAUCCCACUCCGCAUCUUCAGCGACCUCGGCAGACGCACGGUCUUCGGUCUCAACUUCGUCCCGCCGCCAUGGAUACAUCCGCGCUCUUGGCGCGGAAUUCGCCGACUCAGCUCGCCAUCGAGACAGUGUCAUGAGUCUGGGUAGUAUCGCACAUUUACAAUAUUAUUUUGCGAGGACGGGCCUGCUGGAUGGGAAAUCUGGCCGCGGAAAGGAGUUUAAGAAGAAGAACAAGGACAAUGUUCCCCGGGUGCUCAUUACACCAAAUGAGCAGCAUAUUGAUGACCUCGUCAACAGUCCGACGGAUAUGUCGGAGUCGGCGGAGGUAGACUCUAUGGAGGAUGAGGAGGGGGAGGUAAUGCUACCUCCCACGGUUAGCACUUACAGUAUCAAGACACAUCACAUUCCACCCCCGCCUGAUCUGAUCUCUCUCCGACGAGAUUUGCAAAUGGCAUUGGACAAGGCGGAGGCCAUUAUCGAGGCAAUUGAGAAUGGCGCAGAGCCUUCGCCCCGCGAGCCUGUUCGGACCAGUCUUUCUCCGAGCGAUAUCUCGGAGAAUAUGGAAGAUGAUGGAUCGCAUGAUGUGCCCACUCCGCAGACCAAGGAGGAAGCGCAGGGAAUGUGCAUUCUAGAUGACGUGACCAUGGCUAUCCGAGCAGCCAAGAUCUACUACACCACCCAUGAAAGCCCGGAGCGCUUGGCUUCAAUCAAAAGUGAGCGUGAGAUUCGUAAGGAUCUUUUCCAUGUUCUUGAUGUCCUGAAGCGCUGGGCUGCGAGACACUUUGCCACAGGACUUCGGGAUGAGGAGCGCGAUGUGAUCAAAGGGUGGAUUUCCGGUGUUCGCAUAAUGCUUGUUCGCGAGAGGGCAUUGGAAGACCUAGAGGCUCGGGAGCGUGAGAACUGGGACUGGGCUCAGGGAGACUGGACCGGACGAGAGCGAGCACGCGAGGAAUCCUUUCUUCGGAGUUUGUUCCCAGAUGGCCAUACUUUGCCAGACUGGACGCCAGUUGAAGACUCACCCAGCGACUCCCUCCCAACAGCAUUUCUCGCCCGUUUCAGGGAUGGCCGUAUUCUGGUGCAGUUGCACAACAUUGCCGUGAAAAAGUCCAAGCACCCGUUUGGCGAAAUCAAGACAUACCACGCAGAUGUCGCGAAACCAUACCGACAGGCAGAGAACCUCCGGUUCUGGAUCAAAGCCGCUGAAUUGCGAUGGGAGCUCCGACUCAAAGUUGACGUGAUGGAGGUGGUACAGGGCAGUAACGAAGUGGCCUGGAAGCUAUUCGACACAGCCUUGCUGGCCUGGUGCAAGACGGUACGCGAGGAGCUGGUGCGAGACUGGCAAGCGGCCAAUCCAGGCCGACCGCCGAGUGCCGGUCUGAUUUGA